GGCCGCGCCCCAACCAGAGAGGUGUGAGGAGUGGCACAUUCCCACGAAGGUCCCAUUUGAAGAGGCAGCAGCGUUCCGUGUCGGCCGCAUCCCAACGAGCACCCCGUUUGUCAUCUCCAAAGCAGUCAAUCACCGCCGCCACCAUGCCCGAGACCGCCGAGGCUUUGUCGGCCCAACAGAAGAGCCGCAGGAACGUCACCAUUGAGAUCACCAACCUGACCAGCAACUACUGCCUCAUGAACCCCAAGGUCUUCCUGGAAAGCGGCAACUGCCACAGCCCACCCCAGCCCACCGUGCGCCCCCUCAAAACCGAAGUGUGCAACUUCACCAAAACCGGCGGAUCCACGGCGGGCGCGGUGGGCGUGCUCACGUACGAGAUUUUCGUACCUCACAACAGUAGUCCGCUGGAGAAGCUCGCCAUCAUGUUCUCCGUGCCGUACGACUACAACUUCUACAAGAACUGGUUGGGCGUGGGCCUCUACCCCUCGGAUCGCGACACCGACGAGAAGCUCUACAAGGAGAUGUACUACGACAAGGAUAUGAAGAACUUUGUGCGCGAGGAGGCCAAGGGGUGCUGCGUCGACUUCUACGACACCAAGAUGGACAUCAAGGUCACCAUGUCCCCCAUGGGGAGGGCCAUCAUGAAGGUGGAGGUGUGGGACAAAGUCUUCCACUGAGCAGAUCCACGUGUAUGGAGAUAUAUCUCUCCUGAGCGAAUAAAGUCUCACAAUAAAGUCUUUGUGUCUUGGCCAUGUGAU